AUGACUGCUAUUUUCGCUAAUUCAACAUUAGUAAACUUGGUCAAGACUGACACAUUUAAUGGGAUUGUUUCAAAUAUUGAAACAUAUCAACCGCAAUUAAAUGUUAUUGAAAAAUAUUGGGCGUCGUGGUAUUUAUUCAUGGAUAAUGAUAAGUUGGCUACGGGUUUACUCUUCUUCUUGUUACAUGAGUUUAUGUAUUUUUUCAGAUGUCUUCCAUGGUUCAUUAUUGAUCAAAUCCCAUACUUCAGACAAUGGAAAAUCCAGCCAACUAAAAUUCCUUCAAUGAAAGAGCAAUGGUAUUGUUUCAAAUCAGUUUUAUUGUCUCAUUUCUUAGUUGAAGCUAUCCCAAUCUGGACGUUCCAUCCAAUGUGUGAGAGACUAGGUAUCACAAUACAAGUGCCAUUCCCUACCAUCAAAAGAAUGGCUUUAGAAAUUGCUUUGUUCUUUGUAUUGGAAGACAUGUGGCACUAUUGGGCCCAUCGUCUUUUCCAUUACGGUAUUUUCUACAAAUACAUCCAUAAGCAACAUCACAGAUACGCUGCUCCUUUCGGCUUAGCCGCUGAAUACGCACAUCCUGCAGAAACUAUGUCUUUAGGCUUCGGAACUGUAGGUAUGCCAAUCCUAUAUGUCAUGUAUACAGGUAAUCUGCAUUUGUUUACUUUAUGUGUUUGGAUCACAUUGAGACUAUUCCAAGCAAUUGACUCCCAUUCAGGUUACGAUUUUCCUUGGUCUUUGAACAAGUUCCUACCAUUCUGGGCAGGUGCUGAACAUCACGAUCUACACCAUCACUACUUCAUUGGUAAUUACGCAUCGUCUUUCAGAUGGUGGGAUUAUUGUCUAGAUACGGAAUCCGGGCCAGAAUCAAAGGUCUCGAGAGAAGAGAAGAUGAGAAGAAGAGCUGAAAAGAAUGUUAAAAAAAAUAUUUAA